CCGCCGCAGAGCCUCCCGCGAGCUGGCAGCCGGCGGCCACUGCGGCAGCGCAGCUCGCCCUCCGCCGAGCGUCCGCGCGCAGUUGGGAGGAAAGAUGUUCACUCUGCUGACCCGCCAACCCUGUGAGCAAGCAGGCCUCAAGGCCCUCUCCCGAACCCCAGCCAUCAUCGCCUUGGUGGUCUUGAUUUUGAGUGUUGUGGUGCUUGUGACCAUCACACUCAUCCAGUUUCACCAGAAAGAGGUCCUCCUUCCAGGACUGAAGUACGGAAUCGUGCUCGAUGCCGGGUCUUCCAGAACCACCGUCUACGUCUAUCAGUGGCCAGCGGAGAAGGAGAAUAAUACUGGAGUGGUCAGUCAAACCUUCAAGUGUAGUGUGAAAGGCUCUGGGAUCUCCAGCUAUGGGAAAAACCCCCAAGAUGUGCCCAAAGCCUUUGAGGAUUGCAUGCAAAAAGUCCAGGGGCAGAUUCCAGCCCACCUCCAUAGAUCCACCCGCAUUUACCUGGGGGCCACGGCGGGGAUGCGCUUGCUGAGGUUACAGAAUGAAACAGCAGCUAAUGAAGUCCUUGCCAGCAUCCAAAACUACUUCAAGUCCCAGCCCUUUGAUUUUAGGGGUGCUCAAAUCAUUUCUGGGCAAGAGGAAGGGAUAUAUGGAUGGAUUACAGCCAACUAUUUAAUGGGAAAUUUCCUGGAGAAGAACCUGUGGCAUAUGUGGGUGCAUCCAAACGGAGUGGAGACCACAGGUGCCCUGGAUUUAGGUGGUGCCUCUACCCAAAUAUCCUUCGCGGCCGGAGACAAGGUGGGGCUGAACAGCAGCCACAUCAUGAAAGUGUCCCUCUACGGCUACGUGUACUCGCUCUACACACAUAGCUUCCAGUGCUACGGCCGCAAUGAGGCUGAGAAGAGGUUUCUGGCCAUACUUCUUCAGGAUUCUCCCACCCAAACCAAUCUCAUCAACCCCUGCUACCCUCGGAAUUAUCUCACCACCUUCACCGGGGGCUACAUAUUUGACAGCCUGUGCACAGCAGACCUGAGGCCUGUCAGUUACAACCCUGACGACAUCAUCACUGUUGGAGGAACCGGGGACCCAUCGCUGUGUAGGGAAAAGGUGGCUUCCCUGUUUGACUUCACAGCUUGCCGUGACCAAGAAGCCUGUUCCUUUGAUGGGGUCUAUCAGCCAAAAGUUAAAGGGACAUUUGUGGCAUUUGCAGGGUUCUACUACACAGCCAGCGCUUUCAAUCUCUCAGGGAGCUUCUCCCUCAGUGCCUUCAACUCAAGCAGCUGGGAUUUCUGCUCAGAGAGCUGGAGCCAGCUCCCGCUGCUGCUGCCCAGGUUUGACGAGGCGUAUGCCCGCUCCUACUGCUUUUCCGCCCACUAUAUCUACCACUUGCUGGUGAAUGGAUACAGAUUCACCGAGGAGACCUGGCCCCAAAUAUAUUUUAAAAAAGAACAGGACAGUACAUUGAGAGAACGGAAGGUGACUUCGUCUUGAACACCAGUUUGGAUGGAUACAGAAUCCCAGCUUUCAAGUCCCUUUCCUUUAUUCAUAAAGAAGUUUAUAUAUAGUUAAAUUAGCAUUCAAAUGUAAAGGCAUAAAAAAGACUUAAAGAUUUGCCACACAAAGACCUCCAAAAUAUUUGUGGAGGAAAUAAAUACGAAGAGAAAUAAAUCCAGGAGGAUGUUAUAAAAAUAUAGGCAGUCAGAAUAAGUGAUAUGGUGCCUUGAAGUUUGUUUUAAAAAAAGAAAACUUACAUCAAAGAAACGUAAAAGAGAAGAAACCAUCCAUAACAACCCAAAAUUCAAGUAUAGCUAAUAUCCAGUGUGAAGGGAGCAGGGUAAGGGGUCAUAACAUGCUCAUCUUGUAAAGGAGGCCUUUAUAUAUGUAACAUUUUUAAGGCAAGAAUGGAAAAAAUAAAUAUAGGAAAAUAGCACUGAUUGAAAAUUUAAAACUAAGACAUUAGACGGACGCCCAAAUAUAUCAAUAACCAAAAUAAUUAUAAAUGGACUAAACAUACCGGUUAAAAGACAGAUAUUGUCAGAUCAGAUUUUUAAAAAUCAAGCAUAUGUUGUUUGUAAGAAAAACCCUUAGGCGUUAAGCAUAAGGACAUGGAAAGAUUAAAAGUUAAAAAGUUUUCUGUAACUAUCAGGCAAACACUACCCCAAGAAAAGGGGUGGAACUGACUGUUUCAAAUUUCAGUGGAGCUCUGUAAUACCUGACCAAAUAGUCUUUAAGAGGAUCAUUCAAGAUACAGAGGAUUCCAACAUAAUGAUACAGAGUCCAUUCUGAAGACUGUAAAUUCUAGACUUUUUUUGUAUCUAAUAAAACAGCCUGAAGACAUGGAAAUGAAAACUGAUGGAACUAACGUAAGAAAUGGCCAGACUCUGUGCUGUGUGUUUAAACUGACCCCCUGGGCUUAGAAACUGGUUCUAGAUUUAUGUCAGCUGCUCAUUACCGUCUUUCUUUAGCCACAGACACUUGUGGACCCAACAGUAGAAACACUCUUGCUGUUAUUAACUGUGCCGACAUUCCACUUGGCUGUGACGAGGCUGGGAGGAUUCUGACGGCUUUUCUCCACGGUGCAGAGAGGGUAGGGCCCUGAGCCUUUGUGGUCUCAGGGACCUGCGUUCUAGCCCAGUCUCUGCAGUGUCUGAACUUGGGCAAGUCCCUUGACCCUAGGCCACAGCUUCUGGUGGGUGGUUCUCGAGGAUGACAGUGGUGUAUGUGUGUAACUUCUGCCUUGAGCCCCGUCCUGAGAACGAAGCCAUCUUUCUAUC